AUGAAGAAACUCAGCAAUUCAACAAUCAUUGGCAAGAAGAGGAAGAAAAUAGCUGAAAACAAAGAGAACGAAAAACCACAAUUCCCGGUUCAUAGUAAAAUUCAGAGUCCUGGAUCUGGAAAUGGAUUGCAGCAAUCCAAUCACUACGUCUUUGGUGUUUUUGAAAAUUCCAUCAAUUCACCAUUGAGCAUUAUAACUCAUAGUGGUAUAUUAGUCAAAUCGAGUAUUACUUGCACCAAAAAACUGUGUCAAGGUGAAAGAUCGAAUAAAGGUAAAUAUGAUGGUCAAUGUUCGUUGUGCCCACCAACUCAUACAAACAGUAAUCCCUUAAGGUCAAAUUUAUCCUUUGAUUAUUGUCGUAAUUUAGAAGAUGAGUUUGCACAGGUUUUGCAAGAAACAACGCCGGUUACAUGCGGAUUUAAGGGUAAUUAUUUGCCUAAUUGUUCUUUGGAAACUAAUUGCAUUAUGCAAAGAAGUGAAAAAAGGACGCAUGAAUCACCACAAGUUGUUUGUAAUUUAGAAGAAUUGUUCCUUAAUGUUGAUAGAGUCAAUGACGCUUAUGAUCCCCUAGAUGCUGUUACUUACCACGAUAUUGGUGACCCCACUAAUAUAUGUGAACACUGCAAUGCAAUCUUCUGGUUUGAAGAGCGAGUCAAUAAGUCGGUGCGCAAUAAAACACCAAAAUAUUCAUCGUGCUGUGGACAUGGGAAAAUCAAGUUGCCCAAAAUGCGGAUACCUCCUAAAAGGAUUUUUGACCUUUUCUUUACUAAAGGACAAAAACAAAAAGAAUUUCUACAACACAUUAGGAGGUACAAUAACAUGUUUUCGUUUACUUCAUUAGGAGCAAAAGUCGACAAAUCCAUAAACAUCGGUAAUUCCCCACCCAUUUUUAGAAUCAAUGGACAAAACUUUCAUUUAAUGGGAGGAUUACUUCCGCAACAAGGAAAUAAGCCCAAAUUUGCCCAGCUAUACAUCCAUGACACAGAAAAUGAGGUGGAAAACCGCAUCAACGCAUUUAGCCUUUCACAAAAUAUCGAUCAAUUACAUGUCACUAUAGUGGAAGAUAUUAAGCAAGAUUUAGAUGAUCACAAUGUGUUGGUGAAAUCAUUCCGGUUAGUAAGAAAUCAAAUUCAAUCUAAUCCAAGAGUAGAGUUUAAGAUGAGGUUGAUUGGUAAACGGAAUGCUGAUGCCAGGACAUACAACUUACCAUCUGUAUCUGAGGUAGCUGCCUUGAUCGUCGGUGACUUGGACCCCACAAUGGGUCAACGAGAUAUUUUGGUUGAGAGUAAUGCAGGUGGCCUAAAGAGGAUAAAUGAGCUCAAUCCAGCAUAUUUGCCUUUGCAGUAUCCUAUUCUCUUUCCGUAUGGCGAAGACGGUUACAGAGAAGAUAUUCAAUUCAAUGUCACCAGAAACCAACAUGGUGGUGGUAGAGUUCGUGUGUCACAGCGUGAGUUCUUCGCUUUUAGGAUACAUGAAAGGUUGAAUGAAGUAUCCACAAUGCUAUAUGCUAGGAGACUUUUCCAGCAAUUUCUGGUGGAUGCAUACACCAUGGUUGAAUCUAGCAGGCUUCUGUAUAUUAGAAACAAUCAAAAGGCAUUGAGAUGUGAAGCGUAUAAAGGACUUUCAGAUGCUUUGACCAGAGGAGAAGUUGAUACCAGCAAACAAGGUAAAAGAAUAAUUUUACCAUCAAGCUUCACUUGCGGUGCUAGGUAUAUGAUUCAGAAUUAUCAGGAUGCAAUGGCAAUUUGUCGACACAAGGGAUAUCCAAACUUAUUUAUCACUUUCACAUGUAAUCCAAAGUGGCCUGAGAUUCAAAGAUACAUGCAAAAAUGCAAUUUGAAAGCCGAAGAUAGGCCUGACAUUAUAUGUAGGAUUUUCAAGCUGAAGUUAGAUUCUUUAGUGAAAGAAAUAAGAUCAGGGAAUCUAUUUGGUGUUGUCACUGCAGUGGUAUAUACUAUUGAAUUUCAGAAGCGUGGAUUACCGCACGCUCACAUUCUAAUAUUCCUACAAAGAUUGGUAAUACCCUUUACAUCAGAAACUAUGGACAAUUUCAUUUCCGCAGAAAUUCCGGACAAAGAAGUAGACAUUGAUUACUACCAAGCUGUUCAAGAAUUUAUGAUUCACGGUCCAUGUGGUAUAGAAAAGCCCAAAUCUCCGUGCAUGGUUAACAACAAGUGUUCAAAACACUUCCCAAAGAAAUUUGUUGAUGUAUCCACUUUGGAUGACGACGGGUAUCCAAUUUACAAGCGUCGUGACAAUGGUAAAACUGUGGAGAAGAAUGGUGUGCAAUUGGAUAACAGAUAUGUCGUACCACAUAAUAGAUACUUGCUUCUCAAAUAUAAGGCCCACAUCAACGUAGAAUGGUGUAACCAAUCUAGGUCAAUCAAGUAUCUGUUUAAGUAUGUGAACAAAGGUAAUGAUAGGGUCACAGCGGAAUUCUAUAGAAGCACCACUGAUGAGCGGUCAAAUGAGGUUGUAGAUGAAAUCAGCAUGUAUUAUGAUUGCAGGUAUGUUUCUGCAUGCGAAGCAGCUUGGAGGCUUCUUAGCUUUGAUGUCCAAUUUAGGCACCCUCCAGUGGAAAGAUUAAGUUUUCAUCUUCCGGAUUGCCAAUCAGUUGUGUUCGAGGAUGAUGACCGUAUUGAAAAUGUACUUAAUCGACCGACAGUAAAUCAAAGCAUGUUCACUGCAUGGUUUGAUGCUAACAAGAAAUUUGAUUCUGCUAGGGCCUUGCCUUAUAUUGACAUGCCAACCAAGUUUGUGUGGAAGAAGGAUAUUAGAGAGUGGCAUCCAAGGCAGAGAGGGUUCGCUAUUGGAAGAAUUUUUUAUGUACCUCCCGGAAGCGGUGAAAUAUAUUACUUGAGAUGUCUCCUAAAUGUAGUUCGAGGUCCUACAAAUUUUGAAGACAUUAAGUCAUAUAAGGGUGUAAUAUAUCCAACUUUUCGAGAUGUCUGCUAUGCCAGAGGGUUGUUAGAUGAUGAUCAAGAGUACAUUGAUGCAAUUAAUGAAGCAAGUCAGUGGGCUACUGCUGCAGCAAUGAGGAAAUUAUUUGUCAUAUUACUUACCUCAAACUUGAUUAACCGCCCGGAAAAUGUUUGGAAUGAAGUGUGGCAUCACCUAUCAGAGGAUGUACAAUAUAACAGACGUAGAGUGUUGCAAGAUAGAGAGUUGUGUUUAUCUGAUGAUGACAAGAAGAAUUUGGCGCUGAUUGAAAUUGAGCGAUUAUUACAAUUGUACAACAAGACCUUGAGCGAUUAUCCUCACAUGCCAACUCCAAACUAUGAUUCAGAAUGGCGAUGUGAUAAUAGGCUGUUGUUUGCUGAGCUCAAUUAUGAUCGUGUUGCAUUAAGAGAUGAGAGUGAGUUGAUGGAAAAGCAAUUGACUGAUGAGCAAACUAUUGUAUACGAUACUAUUCUACACGAUAUCCAGCAACAUAAUGGGGGCCUCUACUUCGUAUACGGAUACGGUGGUACAUGGAAAACAUUUGUUUGGAAGGCCCUAUCAGCAAAAAUACGGUCACAGGGUGAUAUUGUCAUCAACGUUGCAUCUAGCGGUAUUGCAUCUUUGCUUUUGCCAGGAGGUCGAACUGCACACUCAAGAUUUGCCAUACCGAUUGGUGUUACCGAAGAUUCCACAUGCAACAUCGCUCCGGGAAGCCACCUUGCCGAAUUAAUUGUAAAGUGCAAGCUUAUAAUAUGGGAUGAAGCACCAAUGAUGCACAAACACUGCUUCGAGGCCCUUGAUCGAACAUUGCGUGAUCUAUUGCGCUUCAGUGAUCCUCAUAGUAACAAAAAAACUUUUGGUGGCAAGACUGUGGUUUUGGGCGGUGAUUUCAGACAAAUUUUGCCAGUUGUCCCUAAAGGUUCGAGGCAAGAUAUUGUUUCAGCUUCAAUCAACUCUUCUUAUCUGUGGGAUUCCUGUAAAGUUCUUAGGUUAACAAAGAAUCUAAGACUGAACAAUAGGGAACCAGGAGUUGAUAUGCAAAAGGUUGAACAAUUUGCGUCAUGGUUAGCUGCUAUCGGAGAUGGUACAAUGGGGGGUCCUAAUGAUGGUUAUGCAAAUGUCGAAAUCCCUAAUGAAAUGUUGUUGCCAUCCACUGGUGAUCACAUAGCCACAAUUGUUGAUAGCAUAUUCCCAAUGUUCAAAGAGGGUUGUUGUCAGGUUCAAUACAUGGAAAGUCGUGCAAUUUUGGCUCCAACACUAGAUGUCGUCAAUGCAAUCAAUGAGUAUAUGACUAAUUUGCAUGUCGCUGAAAGCAAGACCUAUCUAAGUUGGGACACAGUAUGCAAAUCUGAUUCAAGUGAUGGUAUCCUAAAUGAUAUGCACACUCCUGAGUUUCUAAAUGGUUUAAAAGCUUCUGGAAUCCCUAACCAUGCUUUAACUUUAAAGGUUGGCUCUCCCGUGAUGUUAUUGAGAAACAUAGAUCACUCGAUGGGGCUAUGCAAUGGUACAAGACUCAUAAUUACCAGGUUAUCGGAUCAUGUUGUGGAAGCAAAGAUUGUAACUGGAAACAAUGCAGACAAAAUUGUCCUGAUUCCACGGAUGUCAAUGACCCCUACUGAUACAAGAUUGCCGUUCAAAUUCCAAAGAAGGCAAUUUCCUUUAAUGCUCUCAUACGCAAUGACUAUCAACAAGAGCCAAGGUCAAACUUUGACGCAUGUAGGGUUACUCUUAAGGAAACCGGUAUUUGUUCAUGGACAACUUUACGUUGCUGCUUCAAGGAUUAGCAACCCUAAAGUGGUUGAAUGA